CUUCCUGCUUCCUCCCCUGCCCUGAGGCGGAGGUUGAGAACACUCCCCGACCCAGGGAUCUGGAACAGCACCAACCAAUGCCGUCAGGUGCUUGGCAAUCUCCAGAAUCCCCGACAUCUCCUGAUAUAACCCCGGGAGGUGGGUGGAGAGUACAGUUAGGAGCAGACUCCGGGGUUAAGGGAAAACAUCGCAGGGAAUCUGAUCCUGGCUGUCGGAAGGGAAAUGGGGUAUUUCCCCUAAGAGAACAAGUGGUACCCGGGCCUCUCGAAGAUGACGGUGAGCCAACCUACCGUCAAACCUUUGUGCACAUUCCUUUCACUACAUCAGAUUUGUAUAACUGGCGGAACAAUACCCCCAGUUUGAGAGAGAAUCCUGAAAAGGUACGAAACCUGUUUGAAAUGAUUUUCAAAACCCAUAACCCAACCUGGGCAGAUGUUCAGUCUCUUUUAGAUGUCCUGUUGACACCAGAGGAAAGGAGAAUGGUAGUAAACAAAUCCCAUGAGUACGUGGAAAAGGAAAGUACCGCAGGGCACCUGCAAGGAAAUAGGGACGAUCAUGUCCCCACCCAGGAGCCAGAUUGGAAACCAGACCAAGAUAUGACCUCCAUCCAUGCCUAUCGAGAAUAUAUCCUCCGAGGAUUGAGAGAUGCUGUGAAAAAACCUCAGAAUCUCAGUAACGUGUAUGAGGUUCGACAGGAAACAAAUGAGACCCCGAGUGCUUUCUUGGAAAGAAUUUACACUACUUUCGAGGAAUACACUUGCGAGGACCUGGAGGAUGCAUCAAACGCUCACAUGUUAAAUAUGAUCUUCAUAGGUCAGAGUACACCGGACAUUAGAAAAAAUUGCAGAAGACAGACGGAGCAACAGGAUGGGCAAAUGUUCCUGACUGUGCCUCCUGAAAAGGGGUGGCACCUGCAGGCUUGCCUUCUCGGCCUUCUCCGAGAGGAAAGUACACCGGAUAUUCCUCAAACCCUGCUCGAUGCUGUUGUUCCAUGGGUAUGGGCAAGUCACUGACCCAGGAAGGCUAAAAAUGCUGACCCUGUAAAGAUUCAACUUUUGCCAGGGGCCCAGCCUCCAUGUGUGAAACAAUAUCCAAUGCGGAUGGAAGCCAGGAAAGGACUGAAGAGUGUGAGCAAGCAUUCUGCCAGUUAAAGCAGGCUCUUAUUGAAGCACCUGCCUUAGGAAUACCGGACAUGAGUAAGCCUUUUUCCCUUUUUGUGCAUGACCGAAGGGGGGUAGCUGUGGGAGUAUUAACACAGAAAUUGGGUAGCUGGCAAUGACCAGUGGCAUAUCUUUCUAAAAAAAUUAGACUUUGUGUCAUCCGGAUGGCCUGCUUGUCUCCGGGCUGUUGCUGCCACCUGUCUGCUAAUACAAGAAGCUGAAAAGUUAACCCUAGGCCAUGAAAUGACUGUAUAUGUGCCUCACGCAGUGCUUACAGUCCUGGAGCAGAAAGGAGGGAACUGGUUAACCCCGGGACGAAUGGCUCGAUAUCAGGCCAUCCUCCUAGAUAAGCCUGAAAUAAAAUUGGCCAUUUCUCGCACUGUAAAUCCAGCAACACUGUUGCCACCUAUGGCUGACACACCAGAUCUUGUACAUGAUUGCCUGCAAACAUUGGAAGCUGUUUACCUGAGAGAUCGACCCCUUGAAAAUGCUGAACUGGAAUUCGAAAAUCCGGAUACGCUAUCGUGACUACACAGAAUGUGAUAGAAGCAGGACCUUUAAACCCAUCUGUUUCAGCUCAAAAGGCUGAACUCAUUGCUAUGACUCGGGCUUUGCAAUUGGCGGCCAACAAAACUGUCAAUAUUUAUACUGAUUCUAAAUAUGUUUUCCUUGUUUUACAUGCUCACGGAGCGCUGUGGAAAGACCGGGGUCUACUUGAUGCUAAAGGAGCAGGCAUUAAGCAUAGCAAGCAAAUAAAAGCUCUCCUCAAGGCAGUCGGGGAACCAAAGGAGGUAGCGGUAAUGCAUUGUAAGGCACAUCAGAAAGGGAAUGACCCCUCCACAAAAGGUAAUCGAUUUGCUGACGCUACAGCAAAGAGAGCAGCUAAAAGACCUCAGACAGACUUGCUGCCUGAAGUAAGUAAUCUGUUACCUCUCCUCCCAGACCUAUACCAGCCUGUGACACCACAGUAUGGGGAAAGAGACAAACAAUUGAUAAAAGAGUUUCAAGCAAAGAAGGGGGAGCACGGGUGGUUAGUAGCAAAGGAUGGCCGCAUUAUCAUCCCAGCUGCCUGGGUUCAUGUGGUAGUAAAGAGCGCUCAUCAUGGCACCCACUACGGACCCAGGGCCCUGGUAAGAUGGAUCAGUCACUAUGUAACUGGAGUGGGAUUAAGAGAGGCUGCCAAGAAGGUAUCAGAGACAUGUGAGGCCUGCCAGAGAAAUAACCCAAAAGGAGGGAAAAAAGAAACUCCAGGACAUCAGAGAAUAGGCAAUGGGCCAGGAGAAGAAUGGUAGGUGGAUUUUACUGAGUUGCCCCGGCAACAAGGGAUGAGCUAUCUCCUUGUCUUUGUGGACACUUUCUCUAAUUGGGUUGAGUGCUUCCCAUGUAGGACUGCCCAAGCCCGAGAGGUGGUCAAGGCACUCCUACGAGAAAUCAUACCUCUCUUCGGACUUCCAAAAGGAAUAGGGUCAGACAAUGGCCCACAUUUCAUUGCACAAAUUACUCAGAAGGUUUCUGAGUUCCUGGGAAUCAGCUGGCAUUUACACACCCCUUGGAGACCCCAGUCCAGUGGAAAGGUGGAACGUAUGAAUCAGACCUUAAAAAGGCACCUUGCAAAGAUUUGCCAAGAAGCUCGACUCAAAUGGCCAGAGGCCCUACCCUUGCCCCUGUUACGAGUAAGGGUCGCACCACAUUCUAAAUUGAGAUUAAGCCCGUUUGAGAUAAUAUAUGGUAAGCCUUACCCUCUGAGUCUGCCCAUGGGUACUGAACAACAGUUACAUGUUUUAGGAGAGGGAAUGAUUAGAGAAUAUGUAUGGUCCUUGGUUUCUGUUUUGUCUUCCAUCCAUCAGCAGGUACGGGACGUGCUGCAGACGCAGGAUCAGUCUCCUGCCCCGGAAAAUCGACUAUUACCUGGGAGUUACGCCCUUGUGAAAGACUGGAACGAGGAACCACUUCGAGCCAGAUGGAAGGGUCCAUAUAGGGUACUUUUGAUGACCCCGACGGCAGCAAAGCUCGAAGGAAUCAAGACUUGAAUACAUUCCAGUCGCCUAAAGCCGGUGGCUGGACCAGAACAAGAAGGAACCCCUGCAGACUCCAGGGCUGGAGACAGAGAACCGUGGAAGGUGGAGCCAAUAAGAGACUUAAAAUUCCUAUUCAGAAGAAAGGAACUUUAAAUAAUUUGUCAAUCUUUGAUCAAGUUUUACAGCCCUUAUCAUGAAAUUGUUCAAGGUUUUAUUGUGGGGCACCCUGAUCUGUCCACUCCUUCUCAUAGGAGGGGAAAACCUUUUACAACAAAAAUUUGACCCUCAGGAAAAUGUCUGGAUUUAUCUGGCCCGGGAAAUUUUAAAUAGAACGGACUUCUGCUUAGCGGGAGGGAUCAAUGCUCACCUGGUUUUUACCUCAUGCUUAAUCGCAGUACCAACCCCUUUGAAAAUUUUACAAAAUUAUACUAUGCUGGAAGAUGUAGAGAAGGAAAGUACAUAUCAAGAUAUAUAUAUAAGUGGGGGACUAUUGUAAAAGAGAAAAGCAGAAACAUGUUCUCCUUACAGGUUCAGGCAACAGCUAAUGCUUCUGAAUGUUUCCUAAUGGUUAAUUGUACUGGUAAUUGCCUUAAAAUUGAACCAAGGUAAAUCAAAUGAUUUUACAAACAAAGACAGCUGAUGAUACUAGAUUUUUGUUAAGCCAAAUUGAAUGGAGCAAUCAUAAUAAUAAUUAAAAAUGCUCCAUAGGGGGGAAUGUAAGGAGUGACCUAGAAAACACUACCCAAGACAAAGCAAACAGACUGUUAUGUGAUGAAUGCCCAUCUGCAAUGAUAAGGAGGAGACAGUCUGAGAUAAAGGGGGCUUGAAAACAAAAAGGAAAAAACAGGGAACUGGGUUAAUAGGGCUCAUUAAAAUACUAAAAAUCAUGCCCCUAGGUGGUGAAAAAGUAUGCUAAUGAAACAUACAUGUAUGUAAAUGAGAUACAUAGCUAAAACACAGGUAUAGAGACAUGCUCAGUAAAGAACUUCUUGCAUCACUCCUUACAACCAAUCAGCAAACAAAUACGCUGGUGAGAACUUGAAAACUCCUGUAUAAAAGAUGCUUAGUGGUAGUGAUCUGGUGUGCUUCUUACGUGAAAUUAUUCCGCUCGCACCUUUUAUUGCUAGCAAUAAACCUUCUUUAUACUUUCA